ACGCUUCUCACAAAGCCUGUCAAUGCCGCGGUUCUAUGACCUCUCAAAGUCGCGCGACAUUUGCGGCUGUUAGCCAAUCACCGUCGAGCAGUCCCACGGUCUAUGCCAUUUAAAUUCAUGUCAUUGUCUGCUUUCUAUACUUCGGUCACAAGUAGACAAUUAACGUGUAAAUAUUUGCGCAUGAUAACGCCUGUGAGCUUGAUUUUCCCACGAUUAGCACACACACGGAACUGAUAAGUGUUUGGGUCGAUGCAUGUCGUAGGUCAAACACACACAGGCUGUCGUCCUUAACACAGCUUCUGACAACACUGGCGAAACGUUUAUUCCAAACUAACACCAAUUUUUAUCAUGGGUCUGGAAAAUUUACGAAAAGACGAAGAGUUGAAGUCUCCUGAACGAAGAAAGGUAAGCAAUCUUCAUUCCGAGUUAUUGGAUGUAUCUUUAUAAUAGUAUUAUAGUUUUAAAUAUUAAGCUUGGGAAUUCUCACCUUUAUAUAUACUUGGUCAUUAAAAGUGAUUUGUCUCUUGUUAUAGCCUUUUGGCUUUUUAAAUUGCCAUUUUCAUGCUUUCCCUUGCUGUUAGAAAGUGUAUUUUACUAGUUUUAUAAUCUUGAUAAGUAAACUUCAGAUUUUAGUUUUCUUAAUGUGUAUAAUAAUAUUAAUUUUACAAAUUUUUCUCCUUAUUUUAGGCGAAAAAGCCUCUCAUAGAGAAGCAGAGACGAAGACGCAUCAAUGAAAGUUUAAACGAGUUGAAAGUCCUCGUUUUACAAGCUUUAAACAAAGAUGUAAGUUUCCCGGCAUUUGUUUUUAUUAAAUUCAUAAAAUUAUCGGAAUAAAGUCUUACCGCGAUAAUGCGAGAUCUCUUGCGAUACUAAAAGUGUGGUGUUUGAACCGAAAGCGAAAAAUGGGUGUUCCUUUUAGUCCGUAUUUGAAAGUUUCGGCAUGUUUAUCGCGUUUUAUUAUCCGAAUAAUGUUUUCUUUUGCGUCAUAGACAAACAAAUACAGGGUUGUUUGACUUCAUUUCUAUAUUUCAUAUAUUUGAUAUUGGUUUCCGCGCGAUCUUAUCAGGAUUUUGUUAUCUCUGUAUUGCUAUUUAUGUUUGCGCUUUGCUAUCAGACUUUCACUAUUGUGACGCAAACAUUCAUGGAGUAGUGUUGAAUUUAUUCGGAUUGUAUUCCCAACACUGUGGGGGUUCACUGAAAUGCACACACGUUCCGCUUUCCUAAACUAUAGUUGUGAGUAGAGCUAGCGUCUUCCACUCCUGAGAUUGUGGGUCUGAUUCUCAAAGUCGCAAGAUAUUAGCGAGAGAUAUUUUUGUCAAAACGAACGUCACCUCAAAAUUGCUAAAACUAAUUUUGGCGGCAUUUUGCAUUAUAGCGCUCGUGUAAGGAAGCAAAAGACUUUCAAACCUUAUGUUUUGUUAUGUGCGUUGAAGAUUACCACAAACUGAUACCAACACAGUUUUUAGUUCAGUCCCCCUCGGUAAUCUGAGUUAUCUCACGUCUGUGGUGACAAAAACUUCCCAAUGAUGCCGUGACCCGGCGUGAACGCAGAACUUCACUGUGGUUGAUUUAAGGCCCACACAGACCGGACGCGAUUCGACAACACGACGCGAUUUUUCAGUUUUUGGAAGUUAAUAAAACGGCCAAAUGAGAGCAAAUUUUGAAAGAUAUGUAGACCAAAUAACUCAAAAUGUUAUACCGCUUCUAAAUAUUUGGAAAAUUCAAACUAGAAUCAAAGUUAUCGGUCAGUGAAAAUCGAAAAAUCGCGUCGCGUUGUCGAAUCGCGUCCGGUGUGUCUGGACCUUAACUCGGGAUUUAUUCCUCAUAUACAGUAUUUAGUCCUAAUUGUAGAAGGUUCUUGUAGAUGGAAAUUUCCAGUGUGAAUUUCGUACAUUGAUUAGACGGCUAACCAGGAGCAGUUGGGAAAAAUGCAACCAGAGUUAUACCAAGUGUAGAUGACCCAAAAUCCUAGUAUUUAGUCUUCAAAAGUCUAUUUUUUUUGCUAAAUUUUUACAUUAAAUUAUUCUUUCUUUAGCCUUCGCUGUAUUCCAAGAUGGAAAAGGCGGAUAUUUUGGAUCUGACAGUCAAUUACUUGAAGUCGGUAAAAUGUGAACAAGGUUUUCUUCGUGAUGCGACUUCGCUGGCGAAAUAUCGUGCCGGAUAUAAUGACUGUGCCGGAGAAAUGACCCGGUAUCUAAUGUCCGAUACGGGAUUAGACUACCACAGCCGGGCAAAGUUGCUUUCACAAGUUGCAUCCUAUUGUCAAAACGCGAAUCUACGUACGACCGCUGAUAUGAACAGAUCUCCGCAGGCGUCUCUCUACAUGAGACCUAUAGCGACCCCUAUUGCUCCUCCUACCACCACAAUACCCUCAAUACCUAUAUAUCCAGCAAAUUACAACCCUACCGAAAAUAAACGACCAGUAGGCUUUCCUGCGUCGUCUGUUCCCAUGGCAACUGUGGACCAGUUGAGCCCAAAUUACUGUCGGUAUAUGAUGACGUCAUCAACCGCGUUCGGAGGACUGGGACCUAACACGUCCAACGUGUGGAGACCAUGGUGAAAUAAUCAUAAAUGCACAAUUUGAAAAGAGUUGAUGAAACUACAGAAGUCUUACUGUUAUUUUGUGUUCAAUGUGUAGACCCCAUUAAGACAGAUAAGAUUACGAUUAUCUACCUGGAGAUGGAGUAAAUCUCAGAAAGUUCGUUUGUUGAUGUCAUAACCACAUUAAAAAAAGUCUUACUGUGGUCUAUACAUUGAACACAAAAUAUAUUAUUAACAUGUGGCUUAGAGGAAGUUCGUUCUUAAACAAUUUUGAACUUACUGUUAAGAUUUAUUUUUGUAAAUUAUUUCUAUGUGUGUGUACUGAAAAUAUUGUUAACAUGGUUAACUUAAAUUGAUGCAAUUUGUAAAUAAUUGGUGUAGUAUAGAGUUAGUAGAGAAGAUGUUUUUAUAAAACUAAAAUAUUGUAAUCAUUUGCAUUGAUAAGAUAAUUUAAAAUAGAAUUUAAAAGAAAACUAUA